AGAGAACAAAAACAGAUACGUGUUUUCAUUUCUUCAAUUGCUGGUUUCUGAACGGAUUUUCAAUGAGGUGCACAUGUCCUUUUUAAUUGUCGGCCACACUCAUGAAGACAUUGAUGCACGAUUCAGUAUGAUUUCUAGGACGUUGGGUUCAAAAGACGCGGAAAUCUUUGAAGACUUACUAAAAAUUUUACAAAGUGCUGAAAGAGUGACCAAAAUAUUCGAUGUAAAAAAAUGGCUACAACCAAAUCUUAAUGUAGCUCAACACGCAACUCAGCCACUCCAUUAUAAAUUUAUUAAUGUUGAGGGCAUCGUUAAAUUUUUUUAUAAGGGUUACCAACACCAGCCCUGGACUCCACUCGUUGGACAUUUCCUACAAAAAGUUCCUGAAGGAGUACCAGAAAUUGUAGCUCCAGAUUUUUCGAAGAUCGAAAUAGAAAAAAAAAUUCAAAAUAUUGAUGCCAUUAGGCUGCUUCUCAAGCAAGAAAACUACAAAAAAUGGAAAGAUUUUUAUGAAACAUUAAUGGUAAACGAAGAUGCAAGUGAAUUUCCCCUUCCGCUUCUACCUAAACAGCCGAUUGAGACCGCAAUUCCAAAAGGUGCUGGCUUAGUGCCAGAAGUAAGGGAACUUCUGGAAAAAGAAAAUCGUCAGCCAUUGGUUCAGAUAAAAAGUCGCCAUGCAGCAGAAGAAGGUUUGGGACCAAGGAUAUCUAAGAAACAAAAAGUUGAUAAAAAUGCAGGAAGACAUGGCCAGGGCAAGAAAAAGACAUCUCAUUCAAGGCGACGACAUUCAGGUGUGACUGUUCAAAAGACAAUCGUAGUGCUGGUGCAUGAUGGAAGCAAAAAGCACAUUUGGUUAAAAAUUUGGAUGGAUAUGUUCAACUGUUUUGUUAAUAUGAUUGCUUUUGUAUUGUAUGUUUUUUUUGUCUGCUUGAAGGGUUUUUAGAACUGCUAUUGAUGUUUUUGAAAUCGCUGUUAAGAUUGUUCUUAGUAGAACACAUGGGGUUGACACAACCAAGGGUUCUUUUGGUGUACUAAAGGUUUUAUUUUUGUGUUGGACAUAGUUCAAAGACAUUUUUUAUGGAAGUUUUUGGAAACUAAUAAUUAUGCCCCCUGAUCGAAAGAUCGAGGGCAUAUUGUUUUUUGCCUGUCUGUCUGUCUGUCAUUCAUAUAUUGUGUGUGUCUCAAACUUAAACUUGGUUAAAGUUUUGCAAUAACUUUUGCAUUAUUGAAGAUAGCAACUUGAUAUUUGGCAUGCAUGUGUAUCUCAUGGAGCUGCACAUUUUGAGUGGUGAAAGGUCAAGGUCAUCCUUCAAAGUCAAAGGUCAAAUGUAUGGCUUCAAAGCGACGCAAUAGGGGGCAUUGUGUUUCUGACAAACACAUCUCUGGUUCUUACUGUACAAUACAUACGAAAAAACUCUUGGGUGUGUUAUGAUAUAUGGUUAUAGAAUAUUUUACUAUAGAACAAAAUCACAUGUGUUCUAAGCAUAUGUUUAUAUUGAUGGACUUUUUAACAAUAGCUAUUUUUAUGCCCCCAGGUAGGGUGGCAUAAAACCGUUGCAUUGUCUGUCCUUCUUGCCAUCUGCCUCUCCGUCAUACUGUUUUCAAGAGGAAUUUUUUGACAACACUUUAAGAUAUUAAGUUGAUCCACCCAAAUUGCCUUCAGAUGAACUGUUAAAUUGUUCCAAACUGAUGAUUUUUAGGAAGAAACUGGCCUGUGACUUAUAUUAAGGGAUGUAAUACGCUUUAAAAGGUGAUAAUUUUUAUGUCAAUGGACAGUUAUUGCAUUCAUUGUGUACAUAUUAUUAAUCUUUUUAAAUUUGUCAACGUACAUAUCACAGUGUGAUUCUAAAUAUUAUGUUUUCGAUUUAGAUUUGCAAGUUGUGAUCGUAUGUUUGUGUUUUAGUGAAUUCAGCAUAAAAUAUUGUCCUAAUGAAAUGUUUUUUAUUAAUCAUGGUUAAAUCAUCAUCAUUAAUCCUUUCACAUUGUUUGAAAUACGUUAUAUUUAGUACAAACUUAUUUGUAAGCAUUAUCAAUUGAUAAUGAGUUGUUUUGUAAUAAUCUCAUUCGUAUUUAUUAUGCCCCCCUUCGAAGAAGAGGGGGUAUAAAUUGCUUUGCUCAUGUCUGUCGGUCGGUCUGUCGGUCCGUCCACCAGGUGGUUGUCAGACGAUAACUCAAGAGCGCUUGGGCCUAGGAUCAUGAAACUUCAUAGGUACAUUGAUCAUGACUUGCAGAUGACCCCUAUUGAUUUUGAGGUCACUAGGUCAAAGGUCAAGUUCACGGUGACCCGAAAUAGUAAAAUGGUUUUUGAAUGAUAACUCAAGAACGCAUACGCCUAGGAUCAUGAAACUUCAUGGGUAGAUUGAUCAUGACUCGCAGAUGACCCCUAUUGAUUUUUAGGUCAAAGGUCAAGGUCACGGUGACCCGAAAUAGUAAAAUGGUUUCCGGAUGAUAACUCAAGAAUGCAUACGCCUAGGAUCAUGAAACUUCAUGGGUAGAUUGAUCAUGACUCGCAGAUGACCCUGUUGAUUUUGAGGUCACUAGGUCAAAGGUCAAGGUGACCCGAAAUAGUAAAAUGGUUUUCGGAUGAUAACUCAAGAACGCAUAUGCCUAGGAUCAUGAAACUUCACAGGUAGAUUGAUCAUGACUCGCAGAUGACCCCUAUUGAUUUUAAGGUCAAAGGUCAAGGUCACGGUGACCCGAAAUAGUAAAAUGAUUUUUGGAUGAUAACUCAAGAACGCUUUUGCCUAGGAUCAUGACACUUCAUAGGUACAUUGAUUGGGACUCGCAGAUGACCCCUAUUGAUUUUCAGGUCACUAGGUCAAAGGUCAAGGUCACAGUGACAAAAAACGUAUUCACACAAUGGCUGCCACUACAACGGACAGCCCAUAUGAGGGGCAUGCAUGUUUUAUUUAAGUUCUGUUAUCAUAUUUAUUUUGUAUAUAUUAUGACUACUGUGAAGUUUAUCAUUUUCUAGUUCUGCAGAUCAAUAUUAUAUUAUGCUUUACAGAAAUAUUUGUUUUGAAUCCUUGAUAUGAACAUUCUGUGACCAGAUGAUAUUUUUUCAUGUUGAUAUUAUUUAUUUUUUUUCAAUUAAGAUUACCAAAUUUUGAUUUAACUGUGUGAGUAAAAUCAGAGGUGUCAAUAUUCAGGAUUAUUCCUGAAUGCAGGAUUUAGGCCCUCACAAACUGCUUUGAUAUUGAUAUGAAUAAGAGGAUUUUUGUUCUGGUAUUUAAAGUUUUUUGUCACAAAAAGUCAUUUUAAACACAAAUUAUUUUAAUUUGACAUAUUGUUAUCACAGUUAACAUAAUUAAAUGAAUUAUUAACCAUCUUUUGGCACUUGCAACCAACAUGUAAGGCUUAUUUUCAGGAUUUUAGAUUUUGGUCACUUGACACCCCUGAACAAAUAGUCCUUUAGAUGACUGUAUGUUUAUAUUGUUGUUCAUAAGUUAUAAAAUUUAAUAUUAUUUUGAAAUAACUGUUUUGUUAAAGCCACACACCUUGAAAGGAAAUAAAUGGCUUAGUAAAUUUAAAUAUAUGUAAUAAACAUAUUUUAUCUAUGCCAAUUAGAAUAUAUCUGGUGGUUAAAGGAUAGAAAUCCGUCUUCUUUUCGCUUUAAAACUGAAAAAUAAUCGCGGUUGUCGAAAUGAACGUAUACGUCUAGAAAUCCUACUUUCGGUUUUAAAUGCGGAACUGUUUGGAAAAUAAUAAAUUACUUGCUAACUAGGCUAUAGAUUGAAUUGUAUAUGUGCCAAGUAGAAUAUAUCUGGUGGUUACAAGGUAGAAAUCCGUCUCUUUUUCGCUUUCAAACUUAAAAUAAUCGCGUUUGUCGAAAUGGACGUAAUAUACUUUAUGUAUCCUACUUUCGGUUUCUAAAUUAAAAUAAUAAUAAAUUACUUGCAAAAUAGGCUAUAGAUUUAAUGACAAUUUUGCACAGUUUCAAAUUGCAUCUGUAUGUAUUGAUUAAAAUGUAUUUCAUUUCAAGGUGUGUGGCUUCAAAUUAAGGGAAAGACUAGCAUGUGGUUGGUGUAUAGAGUUAAUAUUUUACUCCCUUUUAAUUUAGAAUACAUACUUUAACUAAUGUGAUUGCUGUUCUUUUUGUUCUUUGACUCAUUUCUACUGUGAAGUAAUAUAAUGCUAAUAAAUGUUGGAAGUUUGUUA